AUGAAUGCAUACUCUCUUCAGUUCCUGCCAGCUCAAGGCGAACGAAUAAUGGCCACUGAUGUCGCCAAGGGCAUCGAUUUAAUUGACAAUACAACUCCCUCCCAGCCUCUGGAGCGAGACCUAACCCGUUCAGAGACGCGCUCGUCUCAUUUCCUGCUAAGGAAGAAGUUGACUAGAGACUCUGUCAAGAAUGGGUUACAAAACCGAAAAUAUGCCAAAUGGCAACACGAAAGGCUAAACGCUUCGGAUACAGAGUCCAGUAGUCAAAGCCCAUCUCGCGCAGCAACCAAAAACACCACAACAGAUACCCAGUCAUAUGGCAAGGGCAUUGACGAUGUGGAUAUACUGAAUAUUGCUCCCGUGCAAACCAAAGCUACAGAUAAUCUCAAAACGGAGGACAAUUUGGAGCCCGGCUCAGAGCUCGAAUUACUCUACGAAAAUCAACGAGGAUGGUUCUUUUUCGGCAUACCGUUCUACUCCUCUCGCUCCCUCCUCCAAUUCGAUCCUCCUGCCUGGGUCAAUAAAGAUUUUCGAGAGAGCCCCGUCAACAUCACAAACGCGCAACUCCCCGACCCGAGUUGGGAGUGGGCUUGGCCGACCUGGUAUGUGGAUAUGUCCGACGACGUUGACGAGGAAGGGUGGCAGUACUCGUUUUCGUUUUUACCGAAAUUCGGCUGGCAUGGAACUCACCCUUGGUUUCAUUCAUAUGUGCGUAGAAGACGCUGGGUGAGGUUACGGGUCAAGAAGAAGUAUGCCAAACUCAAGAAUGGAGAUGAUCAAACGGACUUUCAUAUGGCUCAUUUGCUGAAUGAGGAUUAUUUUACUAUUCACUCUCAGGCACUGGCGAGUGUGGAACCGAGUAUUGCGCCUCCGACAACGACCAAUGUUCCUUCGUCCUCAUAUAUUAGAAGAGAUCUCGGGAGGUCGCCGGAAAGGAAUGCGGAGGAUAAUAUCGAUAAUCUACCAAGACUAAUUGAGGCCAUGAAGAACGCUAUCGUCGACCGUGAGAAGAUCGAAGCCCUCAGGAACUUUUUGGCCCAAGGUGGAGAAGAGCUUUACUAUCUUCCUGACAAGGUUCCUGAAGUGUUAGGAUUGUUUGUCUUUCGAACUUCACGUUGGCAAUUUCUCAAGCUUUUGCAAGAUGCGUUGGACGAUAUCGCAGUCGACAGCGAUCCUGACGUUGAAAAAAGGGAAGUGGACACUGUGAACCGAAGGCGCAACAACAUUUCCAGAACCAUUGAUGCUGUUAGGAAAGAGGUUUCUGAUUCAGAUAUCUUCGAUAUCUCUAAGGAAACCCUUGAAGGACUUCAUGAAUCUGAAUUACAAAAAGCCUACGAAUCUUCUCGUAGCAAAGGCAAAGAAAGAUCGUGGACUGAGAUCAAGGGCAUACCGAAAGAAGUUGCCGUUGGGAAGGAGGGCCAUAUUUAUUGA